ACUUAACACUAUCAUGGAUUACGCUUGAAGGAUAAAUCGGCUCGGUAACUCGAAUUUCUCGGCAUGAAAAGAUCGGUAGCAACGAUUUCAAUGAACGAGAAAUGGAGAUAGUCAAAAGCCGGCUGAUCGCAUGCAAGGAAGAGAUAAUUGAGACAUUGAAACGUCGAUUACGAUGAUUUUGCUACCCCGAAAGCCAGCGGCCACGUAGCGAGAGUCAGCUCCGUGUUAAACGGUACACAGUAUGCCGUAUGUGCGGCAUCUUCUCGGGUUCCUCGCCCUGAUAUUGGGGGCGAGUUUUACCUUGGGUUUUGUAGUAAGCGAACCGCGCCCUCCGUGUCACGUUUACAACGCCGUAACGCGGUGUUACAACGUCCAGAUACCGGAUUUGGAGAAUUACUUACUAGAUAUCGAAGAGGAGGCGAGCCACACGCUCGAGAUAACGCAUUCGAACUUAAGUGUUCUGAGCAGGGAGCCGUUCCACGUGAAGAGGAACUGGGAGGUGUUGUACAUGGCGACAAAUGGCAUCGCCGAAAUCGAGUACGACGCUUUUAUGAAGCUGGAAAAGGUGAUAACGAUAAACCUCGAGCGAAACUUGUUGACGUCGCUGAAUCCGAGGACGUUUACCUACUGUUAUUUACUUGUUAAGUUAAUAUUAAGCUACAACCCACUGACGUUGAGCGACGAGGAAUCCUUCCUCGAGGCGAACCAGAUCCAGUAUCUCGACAUCUCGUUCACCAACAUAAGGAAUCUGCCGCUAAACACCUUCAAGCUUCUCCUCAAGCUGAGGUACCUCAACAUCUCGAACAACCAGCUCGAGGUACUCGACAACGAGGUAUUCGCCCCUCUCCUCCACCUCGAGGUCCUAGACAUCAACAACAACAACUUCAAGGUAAUCGACUACAAGGUAUUCUCGAUCCACAGUCUUACCCACCUCUACAACGACUGGGUCUGCGACUGCAACUUCAAGAUCGUAUUCUACAGAAUAUUCGAGAAUGUCACCCUCGCCCACGACGCUGUUCGAUGCUCGGAGAACGCGACUUGGACGGAGAUGAAGGCCCUCGAAUGCAGCCACUACGUGCCCAACAAAACCCUCUACAACAACCUCGAGGAAUACUGGGCGGCAACCGGUGUCGGGAAGCAGAUUUCACCCAUCGAGGAGACCGUCAUACCGCCCGACAUACUGCUCGUCAUUCUAUCCUCCGUGAUCGUCUUCCUGGUCCUGAUACUCACCCUUGUGCUAUUAUGCUGGUGCCGGACGAGGAACAAAGUGAAGAUCAAUCACCCGGAGGAGCACAGCUUGGACACCAGCUGGCAGUACGGCACAGUCUCGUUGCACAGGACCGGCUACGAUCCUGGCAAGGGUGCGGGUGCGGGCACCCCGACCGUGUCGGCACCGAUCCUUCAGAACUCGACGAUCGAGGGAAUACCGAUGACGAGUAUAAGGCCCACCGCCCCGAGGAUGGCGGACGUUUAUCAGAGGAUAGAUCCAGGGGAGCAUGACGUCAGCUAUUCGGAUCAGGAAGCCGACGACGUUGCCUUGUACGAACGGAUGCAUUGAUAAAAUCCGGGUUUAACGCGUUUGUAGGAUGAUAUCACCCUUGCGUUUUUCUUCCCUUAAUAAUAAUAAUAAUAAUAAUAAUAAUAAUAACAACAACAACAAUAACGAUAAUAUUAAUAAUGAGUAUUGUGAUAAUAUGAAAGAAGAGAGAGAGUUGCGUUUAAGUAAGCUUACCCUUUUCCACACCGCCCUUUCGAGUCUCUCAACUCGGGCUAUUUGCACACAGCUUGGUACUCCAGGUUUUUUACUUUUUCUCCUUUGUUUCUCCUACGGCGCCACACGGCAGGAAAUUGCGUCAGUGAUAUUGGAUUUCCGGUCAAUUCAAUUCGGCUUCAAUCACUGCCUCCUUUUGUAGCAAUAUCGCAGGUUUUAGUCUCGUCAUACUUAUCAAGUUUUUUGUAUGCAUAUUUCGUCCUGUAGAACAUGAUGUGGACUUAUCUCUUUUCCGGUUCUCUGCUGCAGUUUUAGUUAUCUUUCUGGACUUUUACGCCUGAGGUACACGCCUUCCGAACAGUUAUCCGCCAGUGUUUGCCUGUCUGAAAGAAAACUUGCGAUAAAACAGCAGUCGUGUUGUUUCUCUAAAUAAGGGCAGGGUAUCCGGCUAAUCAAAGGAAACAUCACAAGGUCGAGAUCGGAAGGAUCGUGUCCAGGGUGUAAUUAACAAAUUGUAACUUGGUGUGUAACUCGAUUUAAAUCAGCUAUCCAACACCCCUCCCCCUGGUAAUCAUUUCGAAGGGGAUGUAGAAUCUAUGCAUCAUGCCUACUUACGAUAAUCACGCUCUUCGUCCAAAUUUACUAACCGAGUCGUGCACAGAUCGAGGAAUUUUCAGACAUUUAAAUACUCUAUGUAAAGUUAUAUUAUCAUUUAUCGCAAUUGAUUGCAUAAAGGAACGAAAUUUAUGAAGAUGGGUAACGAUAUCGAUUUUUUUACUUCCACCUCGAAAGGGUUACUGGCGGUUCAAGAACCUCGACUUGAGUCCUCAACCUCGUUAAGUAAGCUUAGGGACGUUACUGCUGUUGUAUUUGAUUUUCUAUAUUGCUCUAUAAAAGAAAUUAGAACGUCACGAGCCUCGAUCGAAGAUCUCAAAAGUAACUGAUUGGGUUUCAAUCUGUUAUCCUGUGCUCGAAGGGGAUUUGAAAUUGAAUUGACAUCACUUAUCGUUAACCGUAGUACCUAAUACUCGCGAACGUGUGACAAAAAGUUUCGUCGAACAAGCUUGGGCAAAUUUUAUUAAUGUAUUAUUUUCCUUAUUCUUUUUUAAUUCCUGUUUAUCAUUGUCACUGAUUUAAUUCUCUUUUCUAUCUUACAACUGAUUUUUCUAAAUAUAGAAAUAACCUGAAUAAAAAUAACAACAAUUUAUUCGUGCGAAUAUCCAUUCUCCACGUGAAAAGAGUCAAUUUUUACGCACGAUAUUGAUAAGUUGUAAUAUUACAUUGUAUUGUUAAGAAAAAAUUUUAUUAACACUGAAUUCUUCGAACAAAGAAAUUCUUUAUGGGGAGACUGAUGCAGCCUGCGCAAUGAAACUCGGUUUUACUGACCUACUUUUCGAAACAUAAUCUAUAAGUCAUAUAUACUAUACAUACACAAAUAAACAUAAAUAGAUAUACGAUAAUCGGAAUGUGUAUAAUUAAAAUGAAGAUGUAUAAUAAUAAUUAUUAUUAUUAUUAUUACAUGUAUGUUAACAUAAUUAUGAUUGAAUAUAAUGUCCAGUGUCGGUGAAACGUAAAUAUAAUAUAUAAUUACCCAUAGGUAUAUACAUAUAUACAAUAUAUAUAGUAUACAUAUAUGUAUAUACGUAUAUACAUAUAUGGAAAAAAUUUCUCCGCUGUGUGCCUACAUAUCACGAUCCCGUGGAGUUAUUUUCUAUAGUGACGAUUUAUUAUUUAGACACGUGCCCAAUAUUUCCUGAUUGUCAAUUAUUAUCUUUUUUCACGUGGUAAAAUUAUUAGAAAUCCAGAGAUUUUCUUUCAACGCGUAGAGAUUAAUAAUUAACCCCCGAAAUAACACCACGGAAUUAAAAUGUAAAUAAUCAUUAAAUUAAUGUAAUUAAGAGAUGCACAGACGAUGUACUAGUUCCUAAUUACCUUUAUACAUAUAACCAACUUCCGAAAAAUUAAUCCUCAUAGAA